AUGGUGCUACAGUUUAUCGACCAGGGGGCUGCCGGCAUUGGCCUCUCUGAACGUCGCCUCAUCCGCUCCCACGUCAUGAAAGGCAGAAAUGCAGGGAGACCGCGCCAGUCGAGCAAGAAGCAGACGGGCGUUGUCCAUAUCAGGCGCAUUCUGCCCAUGAAUCCACCCCCGGGUGUCUUAAUGCCACCAUGCACACGCCCCCUGUCUUGGAACGACCUGACCUUUGCAACAUUUCCGGGCGAGCUCGAUGGCGAGUCGCGCAGGCUGAUGCAUGCAUGGUUCUAUGACAUUAGCGACUCCCUAUUCCCAUCCCAGUUCUGCGACAAAUUCGACAUUGUACAGUCAGUUUGGGUGAACUGCAUGGUGGAUGAAGCAUCUAAUCAUGCAGACUUCCACUCCACCCUGGCCAUCUCGGCAUCUUAUCUCAACUUCUUCCAGCGCAGGACCAAGACAUCCUCCAAGGACCUGCAGCACGUCUCAAAGGCUUAUGCUCUGGUCAACCGCAAGCUGUCAGGCCCUGACUCGCUUUCCGACGGCGCCAUAGCCGCCGUCGCCAGCCUCGCCAUCUAUCAGCAGAUACAUCACCAGUUCUCGACAGGCCGGGUACAUCUCGAUGGCCUCUGGAGGAUGAUUGAGCUGCGGGGAGGCAUUGCCAGGCUGAUGAGGGAACGCCGCCCGUUGGCCAUCAAGCCGUUAAGGCUAGAUGUCGAGCUGGCGCUGCAGACCGGGGCUGCCACCUUGUUCCGCGGUGACGAGCUGCCUCUGAGGCCCGUUUUGUGCUGCGACCCUCGCGUCACGAUCGUAGAGCCGCAAUACGCCGCCGAUGGCGCCACCGCGGCUCCUCGGCCCCUUAAGCAGGACGUCACCAGCUUUGCCCGCCUCCUAGGCUACUGCAGCAAUAGCAGCAGCAAGAGAGUCGAGAAUCGGGUGAGGGUCAAGCCCCUGGACUUUGCAGAGACCCUGGUAUGGCUCCUGUACCGCCUCGUGGCUGCUGCACCACCCCUAACGCCCACGACGGGAGUGGAGACAUGCUCCCAGGAUGACCUGGUACACCUCGCAAUGCUGGCGUUCAUGACCAGCCUGCUUCCUGGCUACGGUGCUCCUUUCGAUAGCCACGAUGCCGCUUCCGCCGCCGGCUAUUACCCGCUGCUCGCGGACCGGCUGGAGAGUGCCAUCCAGGGUCAGGCUCCGCACAGUUACGUCGCACCAGCAACGAGCGAUUGGGACAUCGCACCAGCAACGAGCGAUUGGGACAGCCACGACAGCAGCGACGACUGCGACGGCACGACAGCGCAUUUGCUGCGGCCGUUCUUGUGGGCACUCUUCAUGGGCGGUAUCACGAUCUUGAAGCGCCACGACCGUCGGCAGUGGCUGUCGGUGUUGAUCGUCCGCACGUGUGCGCGGCUGGGCCUGCACGAAUGGCCCGCCAUCUACAGCCAGCUUUCCGAGUUUCCGUGGAUUGACACGCUGCACAGCGCCCAGGGCCGGCACCUGUGGGAGGACGCCAAGCAUGGACACGGGGGCGUGUCGGAGUAG